CGCAGAGACGAUCAGAGUGCAAACGAUUUGUUCCCUUUGCCCCGAUUGGUUUUAUGAAUGAAUGCCGACACCCCGUGAUCAGUCCCGGCCAAUCAGAAGCUCGCAACCCUGCAGCUCUGCAGCAACAAGAGGUCACUCCACACGCGUGGAGAGAAGAAAAAGACGGAGAGAAGAGCAGCCUGCACCACCUUCACUCGAGUCCUCCACACGCACAAAGAGAAGCUCCGAAGGAGGCGAGGGGGGCGCGGCUCGUGAUUUUCCCCCACGACAGACGUGCAUCAUGCCGCUGAAGAACGGCAACACCGUGGCGGUGGAGAGACGCGUGGACCUGGCCUCGCUCUUCUGCAUGAUCGGGCACCACGGUCCCGCCGUGGCUCUGGCUGUCGUAGCGGUGGUGUCGGUGGUGGCGGGUCUCGUCAUCUACCGGACCGUGAGGGGGAAGCGGAGGAAGGCCGCGGUGGCCGACGCUGACGGAGGCGCGGAGGGAGACGCGUCGGUGAUCCGGGAGUCAACAGACGUGAAUGAGGGCUUGUCUGACGUGAAGGCGGAUGUCGAUCUGAUUCAGAAUGAUCUCCGAAUCCGGCACCGUCGUGCUGCUGCUGAGAAGACAUCUGCUCAGAGGACACGAGGAAUCCUGUCCAGCGAGGACACGAUUAAGGAUGUGUUGGAAGAUUUCUGUGAAAGCUGCUUGAUGGAGCCUAAACAGAUUCAUUCUGAGAAGCCGAAGCAGGGAGAGGCGGUGUCAACAACAGAAUCCCAAGAUGAUGAGGGCGGGACCCUGGAGAAGGAUGUUAUUGACGAGACAACCAGACAAGUGGAAAACUUUCAGCCCAUUGGGGAUAGUGAUACUGAAGAUGGUGAAGAUGAAGACCACUUGGACAAACGUUCAACCGUCAAAUUAUAUGCCGCCUCGGUACAGUUCAACGAGCAAGACCUGGAGAUUGAACAAAAGGGAGGAACUGAUUUUGCGCGUGACCAAGAGGUUGGCGUUCUUUAUAAUGGUGCCAAUCAGGCAGAAGACAAAAUGCCGUCCGGUGGCAGCAAUGUUGCCUGCAAAGAAGAACAACACUGUUUGAGUGUGGCAGUCACCUCUGCGCCGAACAGUUUGCGCUCACUCGUAACGGCCAGUAAUCACAAUGGCGGUCUUUCAGGUUCCUCAAUUGUGGCAGAAUGUGCUGAUAUGUCAUUUGAUUGUCAACAACCACAGAAAGAUAAUGAGACUCCAUCUCUUGAUGAAGACCCAAACUCUGCUAAUCUCGACCCUCAAUCGGAGCGAGUACAAGAUAUUGAUCCAGGUACAGCUGCGAAUGUACCUUUUGUAAUAGUUGAAGAUAUGUCUUGUCCACACCAGCAAUUCAUUUGUGAAGACAAACCAAUUGACCUCGUUGAAAAGGAGUUGUUGCUCGAUUCUGCAGCUGCUGGCAAUAAAACUAGCUGCGCUGCACUUGUAAUGUCUGUCUCUGGUCCUGACCCACAGCCCUUCACUCAACACCCACAGGGUGACCAAACCAAAAAUAAUAGUGAAGAUUUGACAUCCGCUCCCAACAUGCAUCCCCCCUUUUGUCAAGUUGACAUGCUGUCUUUCGAGCAGUUUGAGCUGAGGGAUAUUGACAUGUCAUAUGGUGCAGUGGGGAAAGAAAGUGGGAUUUCAAGCCUGGCAGUCAGCCCUGAUUCCUUUAACGAGUAUGACACGAUCAUUGAAAAUAUGAUCGUGUCUGCGGGACCGACUGAGGCUCAGCAUGGCCUCCAUGCCGAUGCAGUGGUAGAAGAGCAUACAGCAGCUAUGGUCCUUGGGCCUGAUCCGUCUCAUUGCUGCCAGCCAGCUAUCAGCGAGCGCAAAGCCUCUACUUUAAAUGAAUCCUUCCUAUCACAAGAGGAUAUGUUUGGCCGAGAGAUUGAGGAGAGUUACUGCAGUGCGAUGGAUCAGUUCGCGGCGCAGAUUGCCGGCAGCGUUACUUGCUUCACUGACAAACCGCAAGGCCUGAAAGCUGCUGUCGAGAGUGAAGAGAAGAUGACUGGAGUAAAUGUUGAAAUGAUAGGGGCUACAAAAACAGAGGAGGAUGAAGACUACGAAAAGACUGAAAUUAGUAUCAUGGAGGCAACUAUGGACCAUAAUGAAUGGAUCAUGGACAAUGACUACAAAGCCUUUCCCUGGAUGACUCUUCCCGUCCCAUCUUCUGCCCACGACGAUACGAAAACCUACCAGCUUCCCUCUGAAGGGCUCAAAUUCACCUCCGCUGUAGAAGUCACCACUUGUACGGACGCAUCCGAUAUUCCACCUUCUGCCAAAGUCUUACUCGCUGGCACUCUUCCACUUGUUGCCGAAAACCCAGAAAAUAUGAUAAAAAUUGCGGUGGUCCAGGAUGUGGACGUGACUUUUAGCAUCCAUUAUAUCACCCAAUCGCCCAACCAGGCGGUGGCUGUCACAGGUGACCGGUGGGAGCUGGGGAACUGGAAGGAGUUUGUUCCGCUAGAGGGACUGGAGGACGGGCACUGGGCCACAGUGGUCCGCCUGCCCUCAGAGAGCCACGUAGAGUGGAAGUUUGUGGUGGUGGAGAAGGGCCGGGUGUGCCGCUGGGAGGAAUGUGGCAACCGCCUCCUGGACACAGGCUCCAGAGACCAACUGCUGGUGCACGAAUGUUGGGCCCGCUUGUGAAAGGUGGGGGAAGCUGUGGUAUUGUAUCCUGAACCAGAUUGCCAAGUUUAUCUAUCCUGUCCCUAACAAGGUUGGAGGAUAAUUACUGACCGGUACAUCCUAGCAAUGGUUUGGUAAAUGUAUGGGUCAAGAGGAUUAAUUUGUUUGGAAGUCGAAGUUACAGAUUAUUCUUUGAUCAGACCCCUACACAUUUCCAAAACUACAAUAACUGAUAAACCAGCCUUGUAAUGGGGCUUUUUCUGAGACUGACAGCCUGUGAUGAAGUGGAUUUUUGGUUGAAUGCCGGAUCAGUUCAUUUUUUUUUACCUUUCUGGUUGAAUCUAUAAUUAUGCAAAUCGUAUCUUUGAGAUAAACGGUGACUUAAUGAAGGAAUUAAUUAAUGAGGAAAAAAUGCACAGUUCACUUUCACUACAGCAAUAACUAUGUUCUACAAUGUUUGACUGGUACGGGUAUUCUGAGGUGUUUACCACUCAACUGUAACGUUAAUGCUGCUUGAAUCUCCCAAUACUGCAUGCAAUGUCCCUUUAAAAAAAAAAGUCUUUCAAUGAAUGUGCUAUAAUCUAAGUUUCAAUUUUCUUUUUUUAAACCGCUUUGCUAGCUAUAUUUGUUUCAUUGCAACUAUAAUCAUGUUUCUUACAGAAUGUUUAUUUUCUGAAAACUGCAGUCACAUUUUUGUUUCAGGUGAUGAUUGGUGCCUAUGGUCUCGAUCUAAGAUAAUCUUGUUAUGCAAAACUGAAGAUUAUAUUGUUCUUUUAUGUGCUUGAGGUGGAGUUCGUUACCAAAUAAAUAAUCUUUUAAGUCUAAAA